AUGUCUGCUGAAAAGAAGCUUCCAUACAAGGUCAAGGAUAUCACCCUCGCUGAGUGGGGUCGCAAGGAGCUCGACAUUGCCGAGAAUGAGAUGCCAGGUCUCAUGGCUCUUCGCAAGAAGUAUGGCCCAGCCCAGAUCCUCAAGGGUGCCCGUAUUGCCGGUUGCCUCCACAUGACCAUCCAGACUGCCGUCCUCAUCGAGACCCUCACCGCUCUCGGUGCUGAGGUCCAGUGGUCCUCAUGCAACAUCUUCUCCACCCAGGAUCAGGCCGCCGCCGCCAUCGCCAAGACUGGUGUGCCCGUCUACGCCUGGAAGGGAGAGACCGAGGAGGAGUACAUGUGGUGCAUUGAGCAGACCCUCAUCUUCCCAGACGGUCAGCCACUCAACAUGAUCCUCGACGACGGUGGAGACCUCACCAACCUCAUCCACGAGAAGUACCCCAACUUGCUCGCUGGAAUCAGAGGUAUCUCUGAGGAGACCACCACCGGUGUCCACAACCUCUACAGAAUGCACAAGGAGGGCAAGCUCAAGCUGCCAGCCAUCAACGUCAACGACUCUGUCACCAAGUCCAAGUUCGACAACCUCUACGGUUGCCGUGAGUCUUUGAUCGAUGGUAUCAAGCGUGCCACCGACGUCAUGAUUGCCGGAAAGGUCGCCGUCGUUGCCGGUUACGGUGAUGUCGGUAAGGGAUGCGUCCAGUGUCUCGCCAGACAGGGUGCCCGUGUCCUCAUCACUGAGAUCGACCCAAUCAACGCCCUCCAGGCCUGCAUGGACGGCUUCCAGAUCGUCACCAUGGAGGAGGCUGCCUCCCAAGGAAACAUCUUUGUCACCACCACCGGUUGCCGUGACAUCAUCACCUCCAAGCACUUUGUUGAGAUGAAGGAGGAUGCCAUCGUCUGCAACAUUGGUCACUUUGAUAUCGAGAUCGACGUCGCCUGGUUGAACGCCAACGCCACCAAGAUCAACGUCAAGCCACAAGUCGACCGUUACACCAUGAAGAAUGGCCGUCACAUCAUUCUCCUCGCUGAGGGUCGUCUCGUCAACCUUGGCUGUGCCACCGGUCACCCAUCGUUCGUCAUGUCCAACUCCUUCUCCAACCAGACUCUGGCCCAGAUUGCUCUGUGGACCGACAUUGAGAAGUACCCAAUUGGUGUCCACCUCUUGCCAAAGAUCUUGGACGAGGAGGUUGCCCGUCUCCAUCUCGAUAUCCUCGGUGCCAAGCUCACCGUCUUGACUGACGCUCAGUCCAAGUACCUCGACGUCCCAGUCCAGGGUCCAUUCAAGUCCGACGGAUACAGAUAUUAA